GCGCAGCAGUGGCGGGGACGACUUCCGGGUCGGGGCUGAGUGCGGGCACAGGAGUAGAAGAGGCAGUGCCUGACAGGGUGAGCACACCUAGCUGGAGCCAUGGCUUAUCAGUACGGAGCCCCGGACCAGAACUUCCUAAGCAACGUCUUCCGCAGAGUGGACACAGACAACAGUGGCAUUAUAUCGGACAUUGAACUGCAGCAAGCUUUAUCCAAUGGUACCUGGACACCGUUUAACCCUGGCACUGUCCGAGCUAUUAUCUCCAUGUUUGACAGGGAUUACAAAGGCGGUGUGAACUUCCAUGAGUUUACAGGGGUGUGGAAAUAUAUCACUGAUUGGCAGACUAUAUUUCGGUCCUAUGACAGAGAUAAUUCUGGAUCGAUUGACAAGAAUGAAUUAAAGCAAGCCUUAACAGGUUUUGGUUAUCGCUUGACAGAUCAGUUUUAUGAUAUUCUCAUUAGAAAAUUCGACCGGCAGAGGAGAGGACAGGUUGCCUUUGACGAUUUCAUCCAGUGCUGUAUUGUCUUGCAGAAAUUGACUGAUGUUUUCAGACGCAGCGACACAGACCAAGAUGGCUGGAUACAAGUCUCAUAUGAACAGUAUCUUUCCAUGGUCUUCAGUGUCAUAUGAUGCCUAAAGGAACCCUGGCCCAGAUCAGUAACACAGACUGUAUUGCCAAAUCUAAUUUACGGGAAUGUGGCACAACUAAGGCCUGUUUCACACUGCCUUCCUGAGUUCCAGCAGAAUCUCUGGAUUUGGCGUUGCCAGAUGUUACUGGAAUGCCCACCAGCCCCACUGACUAUAAUUGGGUCCAGUAGAGACAUUGCAUCAUAGUCAAAGCGGCCCUUGGGUAUUCGGUUAACUUCCGGCAAUGCUGGAUCCAGAGAGCCUGCCGGAACUGAGAACAGCAAUAUGAAACAGGCCUAAGGUGCUGUGUUCAGCCGCAUCCUAUAUUUUUCUAACAUCCUCAUCAAAUUCUAAGUUAUGUAUACAAAGCUUAUUUUUACUGUUUGUUAGUGAUAUUAAUCUAGCCAUAUUUUUAUUUGCACCGCAAUUAAUUAAGACAAUGUCAUAAAUGUCUGUUUAUAUGAAUUUGCAUGUAGCUUUUGUCUUUGUGCCAUGAAAAACGUUCAUUGAGCCAGAAAUGCAUAUGUGCUUGGACGUACAGUAAGCAUUGCACUCUAUAGAAGUACAGUGAUCCCUCAUGAUACAAUAGUCUUUUCUGACCCAUCAUAAGGUGAAACUAGAUUCCAAAUACAAUGUUUCAGAUCCAACCAAUCAAGGACACUUCUCUGGUAAAGUAGUUGUAUUCGUUGCUAGUUAGCAGCUCUUCCUGAGUGUUAUAUGUAAGGACUUCAUUUAUCUGUCUUGGUUAUCUGCUUAUUUUUGUUAAAUCUUCAUUUUCUCUUAUCUUUGACAUUUUGGGGCUUUGGAACCAAUUACUCAACUUACAAUGGUCGUCCUGGAACCAAUUAAUAUUGUAACUUGAGGGACCACGCUACACGGUUACCACCUGUAGCCCCUACAUGUCAUAGGGCAACCUCUCACACAUAACUGUAUCGCUUAAAAUACAAAGCACUCGGCACUAAUAGAUCAUGAAAUGUGAGGGAAGACAUGUCAUAGUAGUACUCUGCAUAAAGUUACUUUGUAAGUUUUCUCCAUUCGUUUAUAAGCUAAAUUGUGUGUGUUUCAUGUUACUAUGGAGCAGUGCAUUGUGGGAGCUCCACUGUCACAAUUAUAACUGAGUCCAUUGGCAUUCAGAAUAUGAAUGGAGAAGAAUAAAGGGGGUUGUUUGGACCCCCCC